AUGGGCUCCCAAGCAUAUCAAAACACCUCGCCCGCCUUUCGCAACAACAACAACCCCGUAUAUGGCAGCCCCACCGAAUCCGAGUUUUCCGACUCCUCCAGGAUGUCUGAUACCGUCAAGAACUGGGACGAACAACGCGUUGCCGAAUGGCUCGUCAGUAUCAACUGCGGCCAAUAUGUCGACAUCUUCAAGGCCAACAACAUCACUGGCGAGAACCUCAUGGACAUGGACCCUGCCACACUGAAAGAGAUGGGUGUCAACAAGAUCGGCGACCGAGUCCGCAUCGGUUCCCAGGCCAAGCUGUUCAGGACAAGCGUCUACAAGAAGACGAGUAAACGGAACAUGAACAGGCUGUCACUGGCCACCCUCGACGGCAACGCUCAAAUGAAUGCUCCGCCAGCCUCGUCACCGCGCGAGCGAGCCAUCCUCUCCACAACACGCAUACAACAGCCUCCCACCUCUCUCCGCGACAAACGCCUCUCCCGCCGCAUCGAUGGCCAGGACCUUGCCAAAGCAAACUCUCGCCCUUCUUCACCUCUAAUAGACCAAGAGAACCGUUCUCGUGUACCCAUGCAAAAGAGCAGCAGCACACCAUAUCUGCCCAAGCCUUCGCAAAGGCUCACCCCUGGCGAAACCCCUCCACGCUUUGGAGGUCCGGUUGCCGGCCACAUACGCUCCAGCCCUAGUGUCGAUAAUCUCGCUACGUACAGCAGCGCCCUACCUGCCGACAAGGCUCUGAUCAGAGUCAUCUUCGACAGCGGUCGCUCCUCAAUGAUCAAUAUUGAAGGCUGCGAGACUGCCGACGACAUUGUCCUCAAGACCCUCAAGAAAGGUGCUCUCAACGAAAACCACGUCAAGAACUUUUGCUUCUAUCUUCUUGAUGGCUUCAACCCGGACCCCAAGUAUUGCCGUCGUUUGGGUGACACUGAAUUGCUCCGCAUUUGCAAUGAUCGUGUGCGUGGUGAAAGAGGCCGUCUGAUGCUCCGCAAAAUCCAUGCUGGAGAGCCAGAAGGAGAACAGCUGCGUAUUGCUGCAAAGAUUGCCGAAAAAGAAGCGCCGUCGCCCCCUGCAAUCGAGGUACAACAACCCAUCAACAAAUCAAAAAGCCACCUCAAGAUCGAGCAACUCAUCGGCGAGCCUCUGGCUGCUGUCAGCUACCCAAUGUCUCCUGCCUCGCUACUUGAGCGUGAAAGGAAUUCGUACUUUGCUGCUCAGCCUGCCAUCAAUACUGCCGGUGCCAGAGCACGUAAACUCAAAGAGUUUUAUGGCGCUCGCCCACCCACCGAGCUUAUUACUCAGGAUCUUACCUCAUACUUCCCAGAUAUAGAGAAGGAGGAGAUGGACAAGACAGUGCGCAUGUCAAUGCGUCGCUCACGCAGACUCAGUAGAGCUGCCAACCGCCUGAGCACCAUGAGCAGCUUCAGCAUUGCCUCGAGUCUCAAAGACGCCCCUCCGCUCCCCACAAUCGCCGACAGCUGGUUGAAUUCUGCCAAUCAGCCAAAACAACUUCGACCUCUGUCUGUCGUCCGUCUUGGUCGUCCCAUCUCGAAUUAUCGCGAUUCUAUCACAUCAUCUGUCCUUGAGCCUCUGGACGAAGAAUCACCUCUGGAGCCCAAUCGCAAGUCUUACGUCUCUUUCGGCGCCGACAGCGGAUCUGACUCGACUGAUCGCAAUGUUGCUGUGACUGAUCCAGAGGGAAACACCAUCAUGCAAAGCUACUUUGACGACACCGGUAGCACUAGCCCAGCAAACACCGAGAACGGUGGAUCUCUCAACUCACGUCUCAGUCAAGUCAUUGCCGAAGAUGGCGAAGAAUCUGAUGAUGAGCUGAUGGAACAUUUGGAGAAUGAUAGUUGGGAGAACCUCAAGUACAUGAAGGGUGCCAUGAUCGGACAAGGCUCUUUCGGCACUGUUUACCUUGCAUUACACGCCAUUACUGGCGAGCUUAUGGCUUGCAAGCAAGUCGAGAUGCCAUCCUCCUCAGGCACCCACCUCGACGCCAAGAAAAACAACAUGGUGGAGGCUCUCAAAAGAGAGAUUGGACUUCUGCGCGAGCUUAAGCAUCCCAACAUCGUACAGUAUCUCGGAUCCAACUCGGAUGAUUCUCACCUCAACAUUUUCCUCGAGUAUGUCGCUGGUGGUUCGGUCGCCACCAUGCUCGUCAACUAUGGUUCUCUUGGUGAACCACUGAUUGCAAACUUUGUCCGACAAAUCCUUUCUGGACUGGCAUACCUCCAUUCCAAGGACAUCAUCCAUCGCGACAUCAAGGGCGCCAACAUUCUCGUCGACAACCACGGCAGUGUGAAGAUCAGUGAUUUCGGCAUCAGUAAGCGCGUCGAAGCAUCUAGUCUCCUCGUCCCUUCCACUGGCAAACGCACAGGCCCCCGCGUCUCGCUCCAAGGCUCUGUCUUCUGGAUGGCACCCGAAGUUGUCAAGCAAACCGCCUACACCCGCAAAGCAGACAUCUGGUCUCUUGGCUGUCUGAUUGUCGAAAUGUUCACUGGCGUGCAUCCACAUCCCAAUUGCACUCAGCUACAAGCGAUCUUCAAGAUUGGCAGCUCUGCGGCACAAGCUCGUCCUGAUAUGCCUGAACAAGCUAGCGAGAAUGCUAAGGUCUUCCUGGAGCGCACGUUUGAGAUUGAGCAUGAGAAGAGGCCUUCGGCUGAUGAGUUGUUGGGGUAUGCUUUCUGUGCGCCAAAGGAGCCCGGAUCUGCUUGA